GACAGGAUGCUUCGCACCCCCAAGUGUUCUAGGUGCCGGAACCAUGGCUAUCUGGUCCCAGUCAAGGGCCAUGCGGGCAAAUGCCGCUGGAAGCAGUGCAUCUGUGACAAGUGCUACCUGAUCACCGAGCGCCAGAAGAUCAUGGCUGCCCAGAAGGUGCUCAAAACCCAAGAUGCGGAGGAGCAGGUGGCGACCGUGGGCACGCAGGGUCCCCAGCAGCCUCCUAGGGCUCCAGCAGCGGCGGCAGCGGGGGCCACCGCCACCGCCACCGCCUCGAGCUCCAGCCUUUGCCCGCUGCCUAGGGCGGCUCCGGGAGAUGCUGGGCCAGGCCCGGCGGCCACUUGCUUCCUCCAGAGGCCCCCGCAGGCUCCGAGCCCAGGCCCGAGCACCUUCCAGCUGGGCCCAAGUGGCCGCCCGGGCCCCAGCACCUUCCAGCCUAGACCGGGGGCCCCCGGGGGACUGCGCGACCGUCGCCCCGCGUGGCUGCCCCAGCUCAGGCCACAGGCGCCCAGGCCCGAGCUUUGCUACCCGGAUAAGCACCGGCCAGUGCGGCCCGUGCCCCGACUGCCGUUCGCCGACUACGGGCACCCUCUGAAAUUCAAGUCUGAUCAUGUGGUAGGAGCUGGGUACCCUGAGAGAGAGUCGUGCAAGCAGUGCCCUGCCUGUGUCCCCGUGCCACCCUACCAGCUCUUCCCACUUGCGGAAGGCCAGGAUUCAUCCUCUGCUCUGGGGGUCCCUCAACAAAGAGGUUUCCGGCAUGUCUCCUGCAGCCCCUACCACGGAAGAGGCUUGAUGUCAGAGCCAGCCAGAGACCUGCAGCCAACCUACUGCUCACCACCGCCGCCACUGCCACUGCCGCCGCCACCACCACUGCCAGCACCCCCACCCAUGCCACAGCAGCCCCACUUCCUCCCACCAGGCUACCUCUCUGCUCUCCACUUCCUGCCACCACCACCACCACCACCAUCUCCACCGUCUUUCUCGCUGACCGUCCUGUACGAUACAGACAAGGAGAAUACCAAUGACCAGGAUGCGGCAGCACCCAGCGAGCCCAGCCAGCACUCUCCCCAGGCGCAGUCCAACUAAGCUGCAGGCCACCUGGAAGGCCACCGGGUGGGGACGGGCAUAGAUGGCGGGGAUUAUUUUUUCACCAUGUUCAUGUUA